AUGGAGCGGGUGCGCUGGCAAGUGGUGGCGGUGGCGGCCGUGGGGCUGGCGCUGGCCCUGGAGGCUCUGCCCGCGGCGCUGCGCUGGUUGCGUGUCGGGCGGCGGCGGAGGCCGCGGCACGAGGUGCUCUUCUUCCCGUCGCAGGUGACCUGCACCGAGGCCCUGCUGCAGGCCGCGGGGCCCGGGCCCUCGGCGCCCCCCGCGGGCUGCCAGUGCAGCCUGCCCCACGGCGAGAGCUCGCUGAGCCGCCUGCUGCGCGCCCUGCUGGCCGCCCGCGCCAGCCUCGAGCUCUGCCUCUUCGCCUUCUCCAGCCCGCAGCUCGGCCGGGCCGUGCAGCUGCUGCACCAGCGCGGCGUGCGCGUCCGCGUCGUCACCGACUGCGACUACAUGGCCCUCAAAGGCUCGCAGAUCGGUCUGCUCCGCAAGGCAGGUAUCCAGGUUCGGCACGACCAGGACCUGGGCUACAUGCACCACAAGUUUGCCAUAGUGGACAAGAAGGUGCUGAUCACCGGCUCCCUCAACUGGACCACACAGGCCAUUCAGAACAAUCGGGAGAACGUGCUGAUUAUGGAGGACGAAGACUACGUGCGGCUCUUCCUGGAGGAAUUCGAGCACAUUUGGGAGGAGUUCAACCCUGCCAAGUACACCUUCUUCCCACAGAAGAGGAGGAGUCACUGAAGCCGUGCUCUCACCGGUCUUGGAGUCGGAGGGGAGGGUUAAUGCCAGAACUUUUGGUGCCUCCGGUGGAAACCAGACCAAACCUGCAAGGCCCGGACCGAGGGUGGCCCGUGUGCCGCCUGGAGCUGCUGCGCUGCGGUGUCCGACUCUGCGUUCUGCUUGAGAUAAACCUCAACGUGAGAAAAAAUCAUUACGACUGAAUUCUCCUUCAUUACGACACUGACAGGACCCGGUGCGCAGGGUUAACAGGGAGGGGCUCCUGCCACGUUAGGCCAGUUGCUUGGACUGAGCUGGGGUUUCGCUCCCAGAGUCCGCGCAGCCACAGCGCCUGGACGUGCUGGCAGGAGCCUGGCUGGCACCGGGUUCAGAGCAGGGGUUGCUCCUCAUGCCCCCGAGCGGGCUCCCGAGUCCAGGGAACCUCCUGCUCUGGCCACUCCACCUCGGCAGCCCUUCCGGUGUCUCCUGAAAUGUUCCCUCUCCCCUUUGCACUAGCAGCUCGGCCGGCCGAACCUGCGGUCUGUCAGAAGCGGGAAAGGAGGUCAGGAAGGAAAGCAGGUGAGCAAGGCCUGCUGGGAGCACCUCCAGGCACCGCCCCACCCCCACCCGUGAGCAUUACCUCUCGUGGCAGCUCCCUGCGAUGCCCACGUGGCCAGGGGUGUGGUCUGCCAGGAAGGGCUGUAAGGACAGAGCCUGCUCUGUGCCCUGGGCUGUGCUUCUCAUUUCUAACGUUCCCACAUCCAAAGUGGUUUUGUUGUGUUUAGAAGUGGCCUUCACUGUAAUAACCGUGGACUUUGCCAAGCUGCAUUUUUGGGUCCGUGUGAUCAUCCACGAGAGAGAAGGCAGUUCCGGGUCGUAUCUGCAGAUCUAGUUUAUCCUCAGCUCAGGGUUACGCCCACAGGUGAGGAGGAGACCGGGUGUCUUACAUCUGUGAGCUUUGCAGCUUCCUCUUUCAGAGCGUGCAUCUUGACGUGCAGAUGGCUGAUAGCACGGGCGGCUGGACCCCUGUCCUCUGUCCGCGGUGCAGCCGGUGCCCAGGCUGGUGUGUGGUUUCUCCUUCCCUGUCGCGCUCACAGCGCCACCUGGAGACCAUGGGUGCUGCCUGUUUCUUCUUUUUUAAAGUUACCUUUGACUUACAGUGUCAGGCAAGUAAAUGCAAAGUUAUUUUUUCUUAUUUAAUUGAAGCUAUAAAGUAUACUAUGUGGAUCAGAAAUCACAAGAAAUGGUUUUAUGUUAAAUGUGUUUUUUAUCGGAGUCUGUACUCGAGCGGAGUGUGUUCUGGAAAAGGGAGAAGUUGUACAGUGUCCUGGACGCUGCACAUGGAAUAAAUAUGUUCUCAUUCUGGAAUGUUAGUGCUGUGUCUGCCUUUU